GAGAGAGAGAGAGAGAAAGACAGGGUCUCACACACACACACUAACACAGACAGACAGAUGUACAGAGGGAGAGACAUGUCCUCUGUGGUUCUCCUCGUGGUGUUCUCCAGCGUGUUCUCUGUACUGUUCGCCCAACAGGAACCCGUCUACACUGUGUGUGCGCAGGGUUUCUUCCAGAGUGAACAGAACACCUGUUUGCCAUGUAACUGUAAAGGCCACGCCCACAACUGACUGUCAGGAUCACAGUACAGGUGAUUUCUGUGAGAGGUGUGAAGAUGGUUACAUUCUCCAGGUUCCUCAUGAUGGACAGCACGAGUGCCGGCCCUGUGCAUGCCCCGUCGCCACGGAGACCAACAACUUUGCUACACACUGUGAGGUGAGGGGCGUGGCUCUGCGCUGCGUGUGUCAGGACGGUUAUGCUGGACAUUACUGUGAGAGGUGUGCUCCUGGUUACUACGGCAACCCGACUCGUGCAGGUGACUCCUGUAAGAAGUGUGACUGUAACGGAAACUCAGACCCGAACCUGAUCUUUAAUGAGUGUCACAAUGUAACGGGACGCUGCUUACACUGUUACCACAACACAGCCGGAGACAACUGUGAGAGGUGUGCACCCGGUUACUAUGGCGAUGCCAUCAGCACCAAGAACUGCCAGAAGUGUGAGUGUAAUCAGUGUGGGACGGCGUCGUGUGAUGACAGAACAGGAGUGUGUCACUGUAAACCUGGAGUUACAGGACACCUGUGUGAUCGCUGUGAGGAUGGUCACUCUGGGUUCAGUAGCUGUAUGGGCUGUAGGAAGUGUGUGUGUGGAUCUGCAGCUCUGCACUCGUCCUGUAACGCACUCACUCAGGUGUGUCAGUGCCGCCCGGGGGCCGGAGGACGAUACUGCGAGCACUGCUUACCUGGUUACUGGGACUACACACACACCGGCUGCAAGAAGUGUGACUGUCCUGAGGGGAACUGCGAUGCUCACACUGGGGAGUGUCUACCCGAGAUGUCUCAGGUCAGCGAGUGCAGCAUCGACUGUGAUGAGUGCAUCUGGCACCUGAUUGGUGAUGUGCAUCAGUCCAAUAAAACAGUGGACCAGUUGAGGAACAGCAUCCUGAACAUCUCUACUGGAGCUGCAGCAUACGAUCGCCUCAAAUACUACAACUACACUGCACACACACUCAGGGUGCAGUUUUUAGGAUGGAGGAAUAAAUCAGCAGUGAUGAGGAAAGACACGGGAGAGCUGGAGGAGGAAAUGGCACACAUUGUGACUGACACAGAGCUGCUCACACACCAGGAGGAUGGUGUGAUGUCACUCAGGAAGCAGGUGGAUAGUGACACACUGCACAGCUUCACAUUAGCCGAGAUUCUAGCAGCUAAUCUGACCUCCCUUAAUGUGCUAAUAGAAGACAUGAUCAGUGAUUGGGAAGUGUACAGCGUGCAGCAGGAAGUGGAUCCUGAGCAGCAGAAGCAGAAGGAGCGUGAAGCUGAACAGAUGUUGAGUCACAUGAAAACCCUGAACCUGUCACUCAAACACUCACUCGCUACACAAGAGAACGAACACACACACCAGCUUCUCCAGCAUGUGCGUCAGAUGGAGAAGAGUGUGUUGCUGAUGGAGGGCCGACUUCCUGCAGUCAGAGAGUUGAUGAAGCGCUUCAGCAUGAGUCUCACACACGGCCAAAUUCACCUGCACAAAGCGCAUGACACACUGCAGCAAACACAUAACAAACACACACACAACCUGCUCCACCUACAGAGCAGAGAGGCUCACAAGCAUCGCCUUAUGGAGAAUUAUAACGAUGUCAGUCAGACUGUCAUGUCAGCCAAUGACACGUUAGUUGAGGCGGAUGUGGGCGUGACAGAUUUGCAGACCAUGGUUACGAACCUGACGGGGUACCAUGCGGAGGUUGACGGUGCCGCAGUGUCACUACAGGAGAGGACCGAUCAGCUCUCGAAGGCAGAUCACGAUUUGUUGCAGAAAGCCACUGAGCAUGCUCAUGAGCUGCAGAGACACGCCCAAGAACUGCAGUAUAAUCUGAAGGGCAGUGAUACACAUGGACUUGUUCAGAAAGCUCUGGAAGCGUCGAAUGUCUACGACAACAUUGUUAAAUACAUCAACGAGGCUGAUGUGCUUGGCGAGAGCGCGCUGAACAUGUCCAUCAGGACAGAGGAUGCCCUCGAUGGUUUAAAGUCCCAGCUGAAUUUCCUCAAAACACAAAGCAAUAACGUGUUUAAAGAGUCUGUGACGCACAACUCCGAAUACAACGAGGUGGAUUUAACCGUCACUGACACCAAAAAAUACAUCGAGGAGACCAGAGACAUGCUGCAGACAUCACGGGUCACACUGGAGAAACUCAUCAACAAGAUGAACACUCUCCAGAGAGUCCAGAAGCUGCAGUACACGCAGGAGGCAGCAGAGCGUGCUCUAAAUAACUCAGCUGAAGUUCUGGGGGUCGUUACCCCAAUUGAGGAACAAGUAGAAGAAUGGAGCAGAAACAUGAGGAACAAUCAGUACUCCACCUCCGCUUACGAACAGGCCGUGGACUCCGCCCGUAGCACAGUGGAGGACCUGUCUGCAAUCGUACCUCAGUUGUUGACAAAGCUGCAUGAUGUAGAAGAAAAGAAACCAGUCAACAUGUCCACCAACAUCAUGAGGGUCAGAGAACUCAUCGCUCAGGCUCGCAGCGUCGCCAGCAAGGUGCAGGUAUCAAUGAAGUUUGAUGGACAGUCCUCAGUGGAGCUCCGCCCACCUGCUGAUGUAGACGAGAUGAAGGCUGUGGCCUCCAUUAGCCUGUACGUGCGUGUGGACCCUGACUCAGACCCCAUUGAGGACCGCUUCCUGCUUUACCUCGGAGACAAGAACGGCCGUAAGGACUACAUGGGCGUGGCUAUAAAAAAUGAUAACCUGGUGUUUGUGUACAAUUUGGGUGGAGAUGAUGUAGAAAUUCCACUCAGCUCCAAACCUGUGAGUUCUUGGCCUCCUGUGUUCAACCAUGUGAGAGUGGAGAGACUGGGUCGGCAUGGUAAGGUGUAUUUAACAGUCCCCAGUCAGAACACAGUGGCUGAGCAGAAGUUUAUACAGAAAGGGGAAUGGGACGGAACCGAGUCUCUGUUCCACCUGGACCCCAGAGACACAGUGUUCAUCAUCGGAGGAGCGCCAAAGGACAUCAAGCUCCCCCCUGCUCUGAGUUUAGCUCCAUUUGUUGGUUGUAUUGAACUCGCCUCUCUCAAUAAUGAGGUCAUCAGUCUGUACAACUUCAAAAAGCUGCAUGGCAUGAACGUUGCUGCAUCCAAACCCUGUCCCAGGUAUAAGUUAGCCUUCUCUCAGGGUCGUGUAGCGAGUUAUCUGUUUGAUGGUUCUGGUUAUGCAUUGGUGCGGAACAUUGAAAGGCGGGGCAGGAUCAGCGUGGUCACACGGUUUGACAUUGAAGUGCGCACAGUGGCUCAGGAUGGAGUUCUCCUCCUCAUGGUUAAUGAGGGUUACUUCUUCGUACUGGAGAUGAGGAACGGGUUCCUGCGAUUGGUUUAUGAUUUCGGAUUUGCUACUGGUCCCAUCGUGUUAGAGGGGAACCUGCCCAAACUGCAGAUCAACGAUGCCAGAUACCAUGAGGUGUCAGUGAUCUACCACCAAUCUAAGAAGGUUAUUCUCCUAGUAGACAGGAGUUUCAUCAAAUCUGCAGAGAACGAGAAGAAAACUCUGCCAUUUCAUGAUAUUUACAUCGGGGGAGUUCCGUCAGACGUGUUACAGUCACGGCCUGAGUUCUCCUCUCUGAUUGGACUGAGAGGAUGUGUAAAAGGAUUUCAGUUCCAGAAGAAAGACUUUAACCUGCUGGAGGAACCAGGAACCAUCGGCAUCAGCAGCGGCUGUCCGGAGGAAUCCUUUAUGUCACAUAAAGCGUACUUCACAGGGGAUGGUUAUUUGAGUUCCACAGCAAGAAUCUCUCCGUUCAGCUCAUUUGAAGGAGGAAUGAGCUUCAGAACAAUCAAACCAUCUGGACUACUGUUCUACUACAGAAAUGGGACGGACGAGUUCUCUCUCUCUCUGGAGAACGGUGCAGUAGUUCUUCUCUGCAGAGGAACUAAAGUUAAAUCCAAGAAGCAGUACAGUGAUGGACGAUCUCACUUCCUGGUCGCUUCCAUCAAUAAGCAGAAGUACCAGCUGGUGGUGGAUGACCGAGACAAACAGGAGAAGAAGAACCAGGGUUCUGCACCUCCCAUAGAUGAGGUGGAGUUCUACUAUGGAGGAGCUCCUCAGAGCAACAUCAACAACUUUACUGGCUGUAUCAGUUACACUUACAUCAGCAGGCAGGACCGUGAUAUCGAGGCGGAGGAUUUCCAGCGUUACAGUAAGAAUGUGGGUGUGUCCCUGCAGGACUGUCCUGUGGAGAGACCGCCCACUUCUAAGCGAAACACACGCUCUGCACGGCACGCUCCUGACAACACGCACUCCGCCCCACACACUCCUGCAGCCUUACGCCAGAUCAUCAGGGACAAACCUGUCCCGCCACAAAGCAUUCUGGGAUGGAAGGAGGUUGCUCCAGAGGAGGACGUCACAUCAUGUCACCUCUCGCCCCGCCCACAUGUUGAGAGAAGGGCCCAUUAUUUUAGUAGUGCCAGUUGGCAUGAGUAUGAUGGAAUCGCUGAGGUCAUUAAAGAGAGGUCUGAAUUCUCCAUGUCAGUGAGGACACGCUCGGUGAGGGGGAUGAUUGCGUGUGUGUGUGGUGAAGGUGAUGAAGACUUUAUGGCACUCUUCCUUUCUGAUGGUAAACUCGUCUUCACGUUUGGAUCUGCACAACAUGACCUGCAGCUCCACAGCACGCACACACACAACGAUGGAAACUGGCAUGACGUGGUGUUUAUCAGAAACGGGAGCAGAGGGGCUUUGGUUGUGGACGGCGUGUUGGUGAUGGAGGAUAAAAUUCAGAGUGGUAACUUCACCCUGAACCUGCAGGCUCCUCUGUACGUGGGCAGCGUUCCAGCUGGACGCAUCAGCAAGAAGAUAAAGGUGAGGUCUGGGUUCUCAGGGUGUGUGAAAGAUCUCCGUCUGAACGGCCGCGUCCUCUCGUCUGUCCCUCGCGGUGUCGGGGUGACGCCGUGUUUAAAGGGAGAGAGUGAAGCUGGAGUGUUUUUCUUUCAGGAAGGAGGAUACACAGUACUGGACCACUCCGUCAGUGUGGGUGGGAAGUUGGAAGUGGUGAUGGAGCUCCGCCCCCGUGUGGCCUCAGCACUGUUACUGCACUUCUACAUCACCUCUGAGGACAACCUCAGUGUCUACCUGCAGCACAGCCAGGUGUUUGUGCAGGUGAAUAAUGAGACGUACACGACGACUGUUUCCCCUCAAGGCAGCAUAUGUGAUGGCAACUGGCACAGGGUCAAAGUGGUGAGGGACAGCAGUGGACUGAGGUUGGAUGUGGACGGCGAGCAGAGGUGUGUAAUGAGGAAGAGCUUUCCACAGAACACACGCAGUGUGUUGGUGCCAGUUUUCAUUGGAGGAGCACCAGAAGACAUCGCACUUCCUGUUAACGUGAAGAUGAAGAAGAGCUACACAGGCUGUGUGAGGAGCCUGUCCAUCAACCAGCACACCGUUAACUUCAAACACGCACGCAUUAACGGAGUCGUUAGUGUAGACAGCUGUCCUGUGGUCUGAUGAUGUCAUCACAGGAAAUUACAUCACAACCCCCCAUCACCUGUACUGUGUACGCUAGUUAAUUCAUUCAUAUUAUAAACUGCCAUGUAAACCCCACACACACACAAAACACCGUUUCCCUCGCUAGUCCCCUUCCUUUCUAGUCUCCAGCCUCGACAGCGUCAUGUUCCCUACAACAGGAGUGGACACUAAUGAGAGCAGAGCAUUUUUUAACGAUUUUCCACCAGGAGACCAACCGGUCUGGGCAAUACAAUCACAGGCCCCAGAGUCCAUGCGGCUGCACCACUGCGGGAUAUUCUGUGAUGCAAAAUGGUUCACCAAUCACCAUCCAGACAAACACACUCCAGUGACUACACAGCUAUCAGGAGCAAUUACCAAGCACUAAUGUUAUGCCAAAUACCAAACCAAAUUUUAGUUUUGUUUUUCUUAACUAACAUGAUCUUCGUUUUCCUUGUUAAAUGUAUACUUACAUGGUACUUGGUUAAUUAAUUGCAACUGAUUGAACCAAAUGAUAAGACAUGACUUGGUUUAAAAUUUGGUCUCCCAGUGAAGCUGGUUUGGCUUUGACUAGGAGACCAAAUCUGGCCGCUGGGAGACCAUUUGGUCUCCCAGGAACUAUGUUAAAAAUGCUCUGGAUGAGAGUGGGACAUGGUCACAUGACUACAGCAUCUCAUCUCAUCUCAUUAUCUCUAGCCGCUUUAUCCUUCUACAGGGUCACAGGCGAGCUGGAUCCUAUCCCAGCUGACUACGGGCGAAAGGCGGGGUUCACCCUGGACAAGUCGCCAGGUCAUCACAGGGCUGACACAUAGACACAGACAACCAUUCACACUCACAUUCACACCUACGCUCAAUUUAGAGUCACCAGUUAACCUAACCUGCAUGUCUUUGGACUGUGGGGGAAACCGGAGCACCCGGAGGAAACCCACGCGGACACUGGGAGAACAUGCAAACUCUGUACAGAAAGGCCCUCGCCGGCCACGGGGCUCGAACCCAGGACCUUCUUGCUGUGAGGCGGCAGCGCUAACCACUACACCACCGUGCCGCCCCACCUGACAUCCAUUUCUGUUUAUUUACUUAUUAAUCUCUCAACUUAUUAUUUCAUAUUCAUACUUCAUUUUGUCCCUUUUAAAAAAUAAAUAAGUACAAUUUUAAUAAAACUGUCUGUGGUCUGUA